AUGGAGAUGCUAGACGAAGAACACGAACCUCUACCACAACCGAGCGGGGAUACCAACAUCUACAACCUUGGCAGCAUUAACAACCACAACGUUGUCAUCGCCGGUCUCCCCAAGACAGGCAACUGCUCUGCGGCAACUGUUGUCACUCAGAUGAGGAUGACAUUCCCAGCUCUGAAAUAUGGCUUACUUGUGGGUAUUGGGGGCGGCGUGCCGGUAAAGACAGACCAUGGGAUGAUCCGCUUGGGCCAUGUGGUGGUUAGUGAACCUACAAGUAUUCAUUCUGGAGCAGUCCAAUACGACCAUGGAAAAGCGAGAUUGGGUCGUUUUGAGCGGAAAGGCUCCCUUCCGCCCCCUCCUACUGCACUUUUGAACGUCGUAAGAGAGGUGGCUGUGCGACGUCAAAGGAUGAAUCAUGAUCCAAUUUGGCAAAAUGUCCAGCGGAUUCAGACCCACCGUCGACAUCUUCGCCGCUUCAAGUAUCCCGGCCCCGAGAAUGAUCACCUCUAUAAAUCAGAUUACCUCCAUCAGCAGCAGGGGGCAUUAUGUGAAACUAUAUGUGACCCAAAGCAGCGUAUCGAGAACCCUGUAGAUGCUGAAGAUGAUGCAUAUGUCGUCGUACACAGAGGCACGAUAGCAUCCGGGGAAUUGGUGAUCAAGGAUGCUACUAUUCGCGAUGAGCUAGCACAGGAACACGGGGUGCUUUGUUUUGAGAUGGAAGCAGCAGGCGUUCUAACUGAUUUCCCGUGUAUGAUCAUCCGCGGGAUAUCUGACUAUUGUGACUCGCACAAGAAUGAUAGAUGGCAUGGGUACGCGGCAGCAGUAGCAGCGGCUUACGCGAGGCAGCUGUUUAUCCAUAUGGCCAUUGAAGACACGCCGAGAGAAAAUUACAACUUUGCUCUCCCGUUAAACCUAUCUGGAGUCUUCGCAGUCAAUGAGUUUAUUGCUAGGAAAGAUGAGCUCGGAAAGUUGCAAAAGAUUCUUGAGGGCGAUGGGCGUCGCACUGCAAUUUUUAACGCAAAGGAUGAACUGUGUCUAAAGCAGAGCUUUCUGAAAGCAGCCGAAUGGAUUCUGCGUCACCAUCCCUCUAUCGCUUACAUCGCAGAUGCCCUGGAGAGCCAGGAUCUCGACCAAGUGGUAGAGGCCGUCAAGCGGUGGUUGGACGAGCCGAUGAACCAUCACUGGCUUUGCGUUUAUGAUAAUUACGAUAAUCCUUUGUUGGGGGAGAAAAAGGAAACAGUGCACGUUUCUUGUGGUGCUACGGGCAGUCAUAGUGAGAGCACCGAAGAUGUCAUGACGGCCUUCGAUCUUCUUCCCUACUUUCCGCAGACUGACCAUGGCGCUAUCGUUGUGACCACGCGUUCAUCUGCGAUUAAAUUUGGUGCAAUUCUCCCAUUGGGAAAGCUCCAAGACAUGAAUGAUAGUCUGGAUAUUUUGGCGUCCACUUCUUAUCGUGCUAGCUUCAAGGACGACCCAGCAGCAAAUGAACUUGCAAAGAAGCUAGACGGACUUCCUCUGGCUCUUGCAACUGCUGGUUCAUAUUUGGACCAGGUGUCGAUGUCCUGCACGGAUUAUCUGAAGUUGUAUGACGAGUCAUGGCUUCAAUUACACGAAGACACACCGCAACUGCCUGCGUACGACAAAAAGCUAUACUCGACUUGGAAUGUUUCAUACAGCUAUAUCGAACAGCAGAGUCCACUCGCAGCUAAGCUUCUCCGACAAUGGGCUUAUUUUAGUAAUGAAGACCUAUGGUACGAGCUAUUGCGAGAAAGUAUAAUACAGAAGCCAAAAUGGUUAGAGGAACUUACAAGUAGUACUCUGACAUUCCAUGGAGUCCUACGGCUUCUAUCUAGUCAUGGUCUUGUUGAGGCUUUGCCGCCUUCAUCCCUGCAGCUGGAAUCAAGAGGGUACAGCGUCCAUGGGUGCGUUCAUUCAUGGAUGAUCCAUGUACUGAAUCAGAAGCCUGAUGAGGAAAUGAUAUUCACAGCCUUUCAGAGUGUGACCUCGCGUACACCGGAGCAGGAUCAGCCCGAGAUCUGGUCUAUAGAGAGACGACUUAUGCCACAUGCAGAUAGGUGUUGGGAGAUUAUGACAGGUUUGGAGGUUGGACACAAUGCCCUGGCAUUUUUGAAUAAUCUCGCGUGCCUAUACUCAAGCCAAUACCGUUUUCCAGAGGCAAUUAUGAUACUCGAUCGAGCACUUCAAGGUUUUGAAGGGGUGUUAGGACCGGAUCAUCUGCGGUCGAUUGAUACAGUUCAUCACUUAGUGUCAAUAUACAUUGACCAGCGCCGGUUCACAGAUGCAGAGAUGUUAUGUGAGCGAGUACUAAAGGGAUACGAAAAACUGUUCGGACCGAACCAUCUGUCGACAUUUGAUGCGAUCAGCAAUCUUGGUGUAAUCUACACGGAGCAACGCCGGUUUACGGAAGCAAAGGCGAUGCUAGAGAGAGCUCUAGAAGGCAAAGAGAGGAUCUGUGGACCGGAACACUCUUCGACGCUUUGUGCGGCUCUUGAUCUAAGCACACUCUAUAUGAAUCAAAGGCAAUUUACAGAGGCAGAGGCUCUAUGUGAGCUAGUGAUUAAGGGCUAUAAGAAGAUAUGGGGGCGGGGCUAUAAAAAGACGUUUAAUGCCAUCUACCACCUAGGCGUCAUCUACAUGAAACAAUGCCGGUUUCCAGAAGCACAGUUGAUACUUCAGCCAGCACUACAGGACUACGAAAAGGAGUGCGGACCGGAUCACAAACCUGCAUUUAGUGCAUUCCGUGCUCUGGGUUUACUGUGCCUCAGUCAAGGUCAAUUUUCAGAAGCGGAGGCAUUAUGUGAGCAGGGGCUAAAGUACCAAAGGAGAAUAUGGGGGCCGGAUCAUAUGAUGACUCUUGGUACCAUCGGUGACCUGGGCAUCAACCACAUGUAUCAGAAUCGCUAUACAGAAGCAAAGCUGAUGCUCGAGCGAGCACUCCAGGGAUACGAAAAGGAUGCCUCUACGUACAUCAAGGUCAACUCACACAAGCAGAGGAACAUGUUAGACGAGCGCUAG